UUUUUUUGUUUUUCUUUAUUUGGGGAAAUAAAGAAGAUAUAGCCACCAAAUGAUGCCACGUGGAAUUGAGGCAUAAAAACGGAUGCAAACCUAUUUAUAUUCCACUCUCUAUUCUCCCUUUCUGUUCCGCCCUUGUCCGUCUCAUGCCCCUCCUCUCGCCGCCUUUCUCUCCCCUCGCCGGCGACCUGCCUUUCUCUCUCUCUUUAUUUCCUCCAAUUCACACCUUAAUCUAUUGAUUUCACUUUCGAGGCUUUCGAUUCGGAGCUUCUGCCUUCGCGUUGCUCGAUUCUAGUUUUUUCCGAAGAAAUGGCGAGCACCGGCACCAGCAAUAUCUACAUCCACGUAAUCGAGGACGUCAUCAACAAGGUCCGAGAUGAGUUCAUCAACGACGGAGGCCCCGGAGAUGCCGUCCUCGCUGAGCUCCAAGGAUUAUGGGAACUGAAAAUGAUGCAAGCUGGUGCAAUUUUGGGUCCGAUAGAUAGGUCGGCGAAGCAAAAAGCAGCAGGAGGUCCAAUCACGCCGAAUCCCGUGCAUGAUCUUAACGUACCUUAUGAAGGCACUGAGGAGUAUGAAACUCCCACUGCUGACAUGCUCUUUCCUCCGACUCCGUUACAAACACCCAUGCAGACGCCAUUGCCGGGGAUGGCCCAGACACCAUUGCCAGGAACAGCUCAGACUCCCCUUCCUGGAACAGCUCAAACUCCUCUUCCUGGAAAUGACACCAGUCCGUACUAUAACAUUCCCACUGGUGGCACCCCGAUAACCCCCAACGAAUACUCCUCUAAUAAUGUUAAUGGGAGUGAAGGUCAGAUAAGAGCUGGAGCUGGAGCUGGAAGGCCUAGCCAAUAUAUGCAGCCACCUUCAUCUUGGUUGAAUCAAAGGCCUCCUCUCGAUGUGAAUGUUGCUUAUGUGGAAGGUCGAGAAGAGGGUGACAAGGGAGCACCUAAUCAUCCAUCAACUCAGGAUUUUUUCUUGAUGCCUUCUGGAAAACGGAAACGCGACGACAUUCCUCCACAAUAUCAUUCUGGUGGAUACAUCCCCCAGCAGGAUGGAGCUGGCGAUAUUUUCCCAGAGGUUUUGAAGGUGGGUCUAGGGAGCACUGCACAAAUGCCUGUUCAAGAAGGAUCACCAUCUUGUAGGAUUCCUCAGUUGGACGGACCCAUACCAGAUCCAUAUGAUGAUGCGCUUUCUACUCCCAAUAUGUACAAUUAUCAAGGAGUCAUGAACGAAGACUACAACAUAGUGAACACACCUAUGCCCAAUGAGAUGCAAGCAGCAACACCUGCUCCUGUUCCAAAUGAACCUGUAGACGAUGAUGAUGAUGAACCCUUAAAUGAAGAUGAUGAUGAUGAGUUGGAUGAUCUGGAACAGGGGGAGGACCUGAACACGACACAUCUGGUUCUAGCUCAGUUUGACAAGGUAACACGAACCAAGAGCAGGUGGAAGUGCACAUUGAAGGAUGGCAUUAUGCACGUAAAUAACAAAGACAUUCUGUUCAACAAGGUGCAUGUCGUGUUACGAUUCCUUUCUAUUUAUAAAGUAUGCUUCUCUUACGUGUUCUUUACCUGUGCUUGUGUGAAUUUUCUCUGUAAUGGUUCGGGUAUUGGGCUUUUCACCAGGCAACAGGAGAAUUCGACUUCUGAUUUCGUUGGAGAGAUGCAUAAGCCGUCAGAUCUCUCAGGCGCUGGUUUGAGUAGAGAACAAGAUUAUUCACAUUGUAUUUGGUCUCUUAUAUGGAAUGAAAACUAGUGAGAGGAAAUGUUUCGAUGGCCACAAUGUACAGAAGGGAGAUUUUGUCUCCAACUACGAGUUUAUAACUUCAAAGGAUGGUUGUAUAAUUUCAUUUUUGUGUUCAGGGAUAUAUGUUAUUGAUAUCUUAAUCUUCUUUAUUAAUUACUAUUCCGAUAUA